AUGCAUCCACAUCAUCGUCCACCACCACAUUUACUGCAAAGUAUGUCUCACCAUCCAAACUUCCAUAUUGCUCCUCCUCCACCGCCACCAAUUCAUCAUCCGCAUUUUAUGGCUACUGCUCAUCUAGGCCCAUUCUCACCUCCGUUAGCUACUCCAACUUUAGCAAGCCCGCCAUUUCAUCAGACUUCUUAUAAUCCAUUAGCUGCACAUAUGAGUAACAAUAUAAAUAAUGCUACAAAUGGCACAUCCCCUUUCCAACAAAUUCCGAUGGUCACAUCUGCAAACUCUAUACACGGGUUAGGUAGCAGUGCCAUUUCACAAGAUCAACCAAUUACAACAUCUACUUCACAAUUCCCGGGACUCGGUCCAAUCG